AGAGCGCGCACGAUCAGCUGACGUAACAAACACAGAUCACCUGACCGCUGGAGCAGGAAGUGCUUUACACGGAAAACAACAACAACAACAUCAGGUGAUUUCUACAGUCCUCCAUCCAAACACAGCGGAUGUGAAGCAGAUGAAGAGCUGACGAUGGCGGCGGUGUGUGUUCUGCUGUGUCUCUGUCUGAUGUCUGCUGUCUGCUGUGAGCCGCUCUUACAGACUCAACCUGAGCAGGUGCACAUCUCGUAUCCAGGGGUGAAGAACUCGAUGUUGGUCACAUGGUCCACUGCUAAUAAAACCGAGAGCGUAGUUGAGUACGGUCUGUGGAGCGGGAAGCUCUUCAGUCACACGGCGAAGGGAAACUCAAGCGUGUUUAUAGAUGGAGGACCGGAGAACAGGACGAUGUACGUCCACCGGGUCACGCUGACCGAUCUGACCCCGGCCGCUGCAUACGUGUACCACUGCGGCAGCGACGCCGGCUGGAGCGACGUCUUCUACUUCACCUCUCUCAACGAAAGCCUUGGCUUCAGCCCCAGAUUCGCUCUGUUUGGAGACAUGGGCAACGAGAACCCUCAGUCUCUGAGUCGACUGCAGAAGGAGACGCAGAUGGGGAUGUACGACGUCAUCCUGCACAUCGGGGAUUUCGCGUAUGACAUGCACGAGGAUAACGGCCGGGUGGGUGAUGAGUUCAUGCAGCAGAUCGAGUCCAUCGCUGCUUACGCUCCGUACAUGACCUGUCCUGGAAACCACGAGAUGGCUUAUAACUUCUCCCACUACAGGAGUCGUUUCAGUAUGCCGGGACACACGGAGAACCUGUGGUACAGCUGGAACAUAGGACCCGCUCAUAUCAUCUCCUUCUCCACUGAAGUCUAUUUCUAUCUGGAUUACGGCCAGGAUCUGCUCUUCAGACAGUAUGAGUGGCUUCAGGCGGAUCUACAGGAAGCGAGCCGUCCUGAGAAGCGAGCGCAGCGGCCGUGGAUCAUCACGAUGGGACACAGACCCAUGUACUGCUCCAACGAUGACGGAGACGACUGCACACAGUUCCAGAGCUACGUUCGACUUGGACGCAAUGACACCAAACCCGCUGCUCCUGGACUGGAGGAUCUGUUCUAUCAGUACGGAGUGGAUCUGGAGCUCUGGGCUCAUGAGCACACGUAUGAGAGACUCUGGCCCGUGUAUGAUUACAAGGUGUUUAACGGGAGCGCUGAAGAGCCGUAUGUGAAUCCUAAAGCGCCCGUGCACAUAAUCACCGGUUCAGCCGGCUGUCGAGAGAAACACGACGGCUUCGUCCCGAAACCUCGCGACUGGAGCGCGUUCAGAAGCACAGACUACGGCUACACACGCAUGAGACUGAUCAACCACACACACCUGCACCUGCAGCAGGUGUCCGACGACCAGUACGGUAAAGUCAUCGAUCAGAUGAUGCUGGUGAAGGAGAAGCACGGAGCACACGCUUGGAGCUGAAGAUCAGACGCUCUCAGGGAACGAGACACACUGAAUCAAACUAACGAGGGAACGAGGGUCAGACGAGACGCUCUCCAGCAGCAGACUCCUCCAGAUAACACAUCUCUUCAGGACCUUCGUCUCGAUGAAAUCACUUCUUUGAUUUUACUUGCAUAAGAUUCUAUUUUUAUAAAUUACUGUUUGUAAUCUACUUGAUUUUUUUUUAAACCAUGAACUCUGUUCCAAAACCUAGCUAGCUUCCUACUAAGAUUGCAUUUUGAGUCUGCUACAUUAUGUUGCCUUCUAAGGGGUCGUUCACACACAACAUGAUUUGAACAGCCCCUAAAUAACCUUCAUUAUACCAGAAUGCAUUGCAGCAGAAAUCACCCAUCAAGCAAGCAAGAGAACCAUGUUUUUUAGAAUUAAUUCGGUGUGUAAAAAUAUAGACAAAAGAGAUUUUAAAUGAACUGUUUGACCUAAUAUAUAGCUGUUAUUAUUUCUGUUGUUAUCUUAGAAAAACACGACUGAAUUGAGUUGUCUUAGUAGUGUGCUGUCUAUGUAGUGCACUAGGGUUUGAACAGAGUGAAUAUGAACACAUGCCGGUGCUUUAAACUUCACCUUGAGCUUUAAUAAAUUCGUCUGGUCACUUUAAAAGCUCUUAAAUCAGAGCAGCAGGUCUUAAACUCAUAAAGUCAUGCACUGGUCCUUAGUAUUUUUGACCUUUUUUCCCAGUACAAAUAUCUAAUCAUCGUUAAAUCAAGAAAAUAUAAAAAUAUUGUUUUCUACGGAAUUGAAUAAAAUGAACAACACUUCAA